GGCUUAUGAAUUCCAUCCUUGCAAGUAAUCGAUCCCCUUAUACAGCAAACAGAAAACAUUUCAGUUUUCAAUUCAACCAACAAUUUCACACUCUCCUCCUUUUCUUCCUGUAAUUAAUUCACACACAAAACUUUCCUCUCUUUUUCUUUCUCGUGGAUAAGAUCUUAAGAAUAAUAUCAGAUUCAAAGGGACCCACAUCUUCCAUUAAAAUUAAACAAUAUCCACAUCUUCUCUUACCACCUCAACAUAACCGAUAACAACCUUUGUUUUGAUUCAUCCCAAGAUUUCAAGAUUUGUUCUCUAAGCUUUAAUAGAUUCUGGUUCUGACUCAAAAAGCUUUAUUUUGUUUACUUUCAUUGUUAUUUCCACAUAACAAUUAACAAAAUUCAAUUUUGGCACAAGAUAUUUUGUGUGGAUUAGUGUUGGUACAAGUCAAUGGUACAAUUGAAAUGAAUGAAUUUGAAUGAGAAAGAAAGUAGAACUGUCUCGCGAUGGAGAAUUCGUAUAAGGUUAAUGGAAAUGGACCAAGUGAAAAUGGAUACUCUAUUGCUAAGCACACACACUCUUAUCAACCCUCGAUAAAGGGUUCGUUACCGUGGUUAGACAUAAGGGUGUUUUAUGUAAGGGUUUGCAAGUGUGAGCUUGAUAAUUCCACUCCUGAGAUUCUCACACUUAACCAUGUUCCUUUAAAUCCCGAUACCCUUCUUGAAGUUAACGGCGUUCGUAGUGGUUUAUACUCUGAUGGGAUUUCAACCCUUCUCAAAAGGGAUAGGGUGGAUAGAAAAUCGGAAGAAGUUACAUUUGUAAGCACCGAUAGUAUAAGGAUGAGUGGUAGUGUGAAGUUUGAGGUGUUUGAUAAAGACAAGCUUCUUCUUUUUGGUACUUUAGAAUUAUGUAACAGCAAUGGUGUUGUUAGAGAAUCAAAUUCUAAUGGACAAAGUUGGAGCAUGAAGUGUGAGUCGAAUAUAAUUCCAGGCACAAAGUUCUUUAAGGAGAAGCAAUUGUUGUUGCCGGACUCUACUCUUCCAACAAUUGAGGUCUACAUUGCCGGGUCGUUCUCUGGUACUCCGAUUAUCUUAACAAAGACUUUGCAUCUUAGUUCUCAAAAAAGACAUACAAGGAAGCCGGCAUUGAAUGCAAUUCCAGAGAAUGAUGCAAAUGAAAAUGGGAAAGGUCCUUCUUCUGUGCUUGCUUUGCAGGCUCCAGAUUACAUGUAUGACAAACAUGAUGAUGAGGAUUAUCACGGCCUAUACACAAGAACAGCAUACGCUGACGGCGAAGAUGGAGAACUUUCAUGGUUUAAUGCCGGUGUUAGGGUUGGUGUUGGUAUUGGACUUAGCGUUUGUCUUGGAAUCGGCAUUGGAGUCGGCAUACUCGUUAAAUCAUACCAAGGUGCCACCGGCCAAUUCAGAAGACGGCUAUUCUAAGUUACUCAAGCUCUCUUCUUUUGUCUAUUAUCUCCCUCUUGAUCCAAAAACAGCUAACCUUAGUUUGGCCAUCUUUAUCUUGGCCUAAAGACAACAUGUUAAUGUCUUGUUCAUCGAGUGCAAAGGAUAUAUAUUAUAUAGUUUUGGCUUGUUUACUGUAUGUAAUAUAGUUUAUUUUUUGUGACACUAUCUACUAGUUAUGAUGUUGAGUGAAGCAUGAAGAAGUUUUUGAUUAUAUUCCCCUACUUAUUGAGGUGGUAAUAACAUGAUUCAAUGUGGUUUAGUCUUGAUUUUUGCAGUAA